AUAUUACAGUCGUGCGUGAUUGUGAGUCAUUAGUUUCAGUAUUAAGUCGGUUUUAAUUUAGAUUAUUAUUAUUUUGACGAAUAAUUUAGAUUAUUUUGAUUUGAACUAAUUGUAUUUACAUACUUGUAAUUUUUUUUAAAAGUAAUUUAAAAUGAUUUUUAAUGUCAGCUUUGAAGGGAGACCAAAAUUUGAACCCGGUAUCAGUUAAAACAGUUCAUAUUUUGAAUUUCCCCUUUAAUUUCGACCUCUCCGCCAUUUUUUUUUGCAAAGAAUUGUUACUCCCUGUUUUCACUGCGUUAGCUACCUUCGUCAUUGUUGAGCUGUACUUUCUCUAUCUCUUUUCUUCUUACUGGUUUGUUUUCCCCUUUUUAGGGUACGUUCUUUUGAUUUCGUGAUUCGGAAGUAAAAGUCUCCAAAUGAUACCCUCUUUAAAUCCCCUAUAAAUUCCAUAUUCCAACAUUUUUCUACAUUGUUCAUUUCAAUUUCGUUGUUUCUGCUCUCUGUUUGUUGUUCUUUCAAUGGCAACUUCAGCUUUCAAAUCGACUUCCAAGAGAUCUUCACUCGGUGACUCAGCCGAUGUCUCUUCUUCCAACCGCGCUUCCGUUCACCGCCGCGCUAGGAGUCUCAGCAGAUUUUCGCGCCGUCUUGCUGACGACGACGACGACGAGACUACUCCGGCUCCAAAGACCAGUGGGAGAACCGUCAAUACCGCCAGGGGAUCGGGGUUACCGGAGAUUAGUCUCGACGAUCUCGCCAUUGAGCUCUUUGACUCCUCCCUCAGUGGACGGUCGGCUUCGUGGAAUGCUAACGUCAGCACCCGUAAUGGCGAAGGAGGAGUAGUAGAGAAUGUGGUUCAGAGAAGAGGACGAUCGGUGUCCAGGCGAGGAACCAGUGGCAGUUCUGUAAAUAGUGGUAGUGGAGGAAGGUUAACUUCGGACACUGCUAACUCCAGGAGAAGAAGAUCGGUCUCGGUUGCUCGAUAUCAAAUUAGUGAUUCUGAGAGUGAUCUAGAUCAUCCUCAGAACUCAAGCAACCGCGCUAGUUUGAGAAGUUCCAUUGGUGAAAACUAUCAGAUAUCCUCGACUUAUAAACAAACAGCUUCAAAUAAUAGACAAGGACUGAGAAGGUCUCUUAGCCAAAAGGACUUAAAAUAUCAUGAUGGUUACUCAAACCACACUUCUGCUUUAACUGAUGAUGAUAGGGGGGAUGCUUUUUCUAAUAAAAGUGGGAUGGAGAGGAUAAUACAAGCGGUUUAUGCACAGAAAAAGGGAGAGGCACACCCCACUGGUGAUGAUGUGAAUGGUGGGUUGUACGCUGCAAUGCGGAAAGAGCUUAGACAUGCCGCGGAAGAGAUCAAGACACAACUUGAACAAGCAAUGGUGAAAACAAAAAAGUCCAACAUAGCAAGUGAUGGAAGUUUGCAUCUUGACAAUUCUGAUUUUCUUCAAGCUGUGUCUACAAUUAGAAGGAAGUGCAUAACAAAAUUGGAAAAGACAGAUAAGUGUAGACAAGAUUUAUCAGCGGAGAUUCUGUUGGAGAAGCAUGGCAGAGAGCUCUCUAAAAUUGUCAAAGAAUUGCUUUCCGAACCAAAGAACUCCAUUGUAGAGAAAUCAUUUCGAACUAGAAAGAAGAGCCAUGAUCAAAAUACAACGUCGAAGCAAUUAACUGAGGAGGCCGAAAGGUAUAUUGAAGAUUUCAUUUCAAAUGUUGAAGACACAGAUAUUUCAUCAUUAGAUGGGGACAGGAGUGAUACUAAUUCAAGCAUACGGGGGAUAGCAAAGACACCAAAUUUCCAGAGUCCAGCAGUGUUUAAAUCCGUCCCUGUCGAAAUGGAUGGUGUAAUGCUUCCUUGGUUACAGUGGGAGACUUCUAAUGAUGCUUCUCCAUCAUUGUUUGAGAAUAAACCCUAUCUUUCUCAGGAAGCAACCAGUGUUCAAGAUCUGAGCAACCAAUUUAGGAGCAGCAAUGGGAGUUGGAGCCCAGCAUUUAGCGAUUGCCCUUCAGUAAGUAGUGGAGAAGAUAGAGGGACUAAAUUUGGAGAACAAGGAAGGUACCAUAACCACACCAAAUCCUCUUCAAUUGGAGCCAAAACGACGCAGUUCGAUGUGAAUGACUAUCUAAACACCAAAGGCAACGAGGCAUUUUUGCAUGAAAUUUGGUGCCAAAGACGUAGAAUUAGUUCGGGUGGUCUUCUUCUUUGUAACCAUAUUAUGUUUUAGCUACAAAUGCUCCUUUUAUAUUUAUAUAAACUAUAGUAAUUAUCCUGUACAGACUACAGUUAAUUAAAUUUUUAUUCUCGAUUGCUGUGUGAUCGAAUAAUAGAUAGAAAGUGUAAUUAUUAAAAUAAUAAUUAUAUUUUGUAAUAGCAGAAAAAAUAAUUUGUUAGAU